CCGUGAUGGCGUUAUCAUCACAAAUGGAAGAUGUUGCAUGCCUGGGAUGGGCUAGGAGGGACACAAUGUGGUGGCCUGUGUAUGUGUGCAGCAUAGAGCACUUUCGACGCGACAAUCUGCACUACUUGAACAACGAGCAUCAGCCAGCCUUGGAGUUGGAAGGAAGAUGCAAUUCGCGCCUAUUGUACCACCUGGGCGCCUACAAAUUUGCGUCUGGUGCGAAAAGUGACGUGAAACAAUGGCGGUGCCCUGAGCACGACAAGUUUUGCCACGAACUUGCUAAUGUGGGUGAUGCCAACACGCUUGCACAAUUCAACGCAGCCAUGGCAGAAGCGAAGGUCUUUCUCGAAGAAGGAACACUGCCAUUCUUGACUCCAUCUGACCUGGACAAUCGCAAACCUUCUCCAAAGUGGCCUACCGAUAUCGCCGCAGGGUCACUCGUGUGGCUCAGUCACGGAAUCAAGCCAUGGGCACCAGCCUACCUUUUCGAUCCGAACCAUCUGAGUGCGAAAUCCUCGUCAAAACACAACAAGGAGCAGCUUGCCCGCGCCCAGAGAAAUCCUCGCAACUAUUACUUGGUGUAUCAAUUUGGGGACUGCCGCUUAAUAAUCUGGAAGCGAGGCAACGCUCGCAUGUUGCCUUGGAAAUGCCCUGAUCAUAGCAAGCUGCUACUGGGAGUCCCGAAAGGAUCACGAGGAUUGAAAUACCUGGAAAUCGCCCUUCAACGACUCGACGGGUUCUUGGCAACGAAGCAAAACCAAAAGAAACUCGUCAUCCACAGCGAUUUCACGGUCAAUGUCUCGGGAAUUCGGUCGGUGACACCAAAGGACAGUGCUGUUUCGCACGACGACGAAAACUCGGAAGAAGACGGCGCUGUGAGUGACAAUCCCAGCGAAGACAUGCAGCACGAUAUUAAACCGCCCGUACCUCCAGCUGCUCCACAUCGUGCUGCACGCAUGAUUCCCGAAUCGACAAGAAAUUACUUCAACCCAAGUGCCACGAAGCGCAUACGCAUUGAUGAAGCACUACGAGGGAAGAAAACUCACGCUGCCGAAGGAAACUCACCGCAGUCACAACAUCUUUUAUCGGUGACAGAACCAACUGCUUUGUUUGAGCCAAUCGUGGUGCCCAAGCCCACGUACAUCCAGAACGGCGUUGCCUGGGCACACGUGCAUGGCCAGCUCUGGUGGCCAGUGUACAUUUGCAAUCCAAUCUUGUGGGGUCCCGUGUCGGUCACUCCCAAGUUAACCUGCGACGUUUACUCGUUUGGCUACCACACGAUGAGGUCCCAUCAGUUUGAAUUGAGCGCCAUGCUCCCAUGGAAGAGCCUCGACGCACCAGCAAUUCACCAAACCAGCCGCACAGCAAUGUGCCAGAAGACCGCGCUGGACCAAGACACGUUCGGCGCUGCAGUGGCUGAAGCCGAGGUACAAUCAAUCGACGUGGUAGUCGAACACCAUGUUGCACGUCGCGCGUUUGCUGCUUAGGACUUUUACGCCGAGUUUUGCAAGAUUUCCGCCUAUACAACGCUUGAGAAUCAAAUCGCGCGGGUCGCAAAGUUCUGCAUGCCACCGACCCCUAAGAUGUAGUAAAGCGCUGUGGGGAUGAAAAUUGGAUAUGUGAUUUCAAAAGCAAGGCCCCCCUGCGCUGAACAAAAACUCAAUAGUUGGAAAGACGGCAUGGGCAUGGUAAUAUUUAUCAUUCCUCGCUUUGUCCCCGCCUGGCCAGGCAAAUUGUGGAGUUUGGUGCAUUGAUCAAGCGCCUACAAGUCUAACG